ACAUCAUUGGUGUCAGUGGGAAGAAUCGUGCCCCAUUAUUGGUGUCAUGGGGGGGGUGGAAUAGUGCCUCAUCGUUGGUGUCAGUGGGGGAGGAAUAGUGCCCCAUCAUUGGUGUCAGUGGGAGGAAUAGUGCCCCAUCAUUGGUGUCAGGGGGGGGGUGGAAUAGUGCCCCAUUGUUGGUGUCAGUGGGGGGGAGGAAUAGUGCCCCAUCAUUGGUGUCAGUGGGAGGAAUAAUGCCCCAUCAUUAUUAUCAGUG